CAUUCAAACGUUUCCUCCAUUUCCGUUCAAAAUUCCUUCAACCAAGCUCUUGGCAAUUAAAUUCACUUGGCGUUCAUUCAUUUCUGCUAACCACCAAAGCAGAGGUGUGAUAUAAAGUUCGGCAUUCAAGACAGUUAAUUUUCUCAGGCCUCAUCUACCAGCUAUUCUACAAUCGAGCAAAAAGAGUGAGUGUAAAACGUUACAGAACAAAACAAUAAAAAUUUUAGAUUUUGUUAAUAUAAUUUUGACUACGGUAAUAAACUAAUAAUUCACUUCAUUUAUCGCUUUUUUUACUGCAUGUUUUUAUUUUUAAUACGCGAUUUUUAACGAUUUACCUAUUCCUACUGUGUUUUGAUUUAGGGAUUCCAACUUGCUGAACUUCCUUCAAAUUUACUGAAUAAAUAGUUUUUUGUUUUGGAAAGAAAAAUUUGCAAAUAAAAUUUAUCGAAAUUUUUUUUUUAUUCAACCUGAAAGUAAGAGUUUUUUUUUUGCUAGUGUGAUGAAACGUAAUUAUGCAGGUGUAUUAUUUAAAUUGACUAGUAUAUACAGCAAAAUAAGUUAAAACUAACAUAAUAGUGUUGUUGCUGUAAAAAAGACUUUUUCAUAGUGUGCGCAUGAAAAUUUGAUAAAUGAAAUUGUAUUUUAACACCUUCUUUCAUUCUGAUGAAAAGUUUUACUUGUUCAGAAUAUGUUAUACUAAAACAUUCAACUAGAUUUUAAGUUUACAUAAACCUUCCUUGGUUCACAUUUUUGAAAAUCUUAUUUGUGUAAUAUGUCUGGAAACUCUAACUCAGAUAAGCCUAAUUUAAACAACUCUGAAGAAAAACCUUAUUCAUGCGAUGUAUGUUAUAAAACAUUCAAAAAUAAAAUUUAUUUAAAAAAUCAUUGUUUUGUUCAUACCGGUGAGAAACCUUAUUCAUGUAAUUUGUGUGGUAAAUCUUUCACUAAGAAAUUUAGUUUAAAUUAUCACAUUCUUGUUCAUACUGGAGAGAAGCCAUUUUCAUGUAGUGUGUGUAAUAAAAGAUUCUCAAGGAAAACUAAUUUAAUGGCACAUUCUGUUGUUCAUACGGGUGAGAAACCAUAUUCAUGCAGUGUGUGUGAUAAACGUUUCACGCAUAAAAGAAGUUUAAAUGAACAUUAUGCUGUUCAUACUGGAGCAAAGCCUUAUUCAUGCAGUGUCUGUGAUAAAACAUUCUCACGUCAAGCAUAUUUAGAUAGCCACUCUUUUGUUCAUACUAAAGAGAGACCUUUUUCAUGUCAUCUGUGCAAUAAAACAUUCUCACGCCAAACUCGUUUAGAUAAGCACUAUUUUGUUCAUACUGGAGAAAAACCUUUUUCUUGCAGUGUCUGUAAUAAAUCUUUUACACAAAAAUCUUAUUUAGAUGAUCACUUUUUUAUUCAUACUGGAGAAAGACUUUUUUCGUGUGAUGAAUGUCAUAAAACAUUCUCACGCCAAACUCAUUUAGAUAAUCACAUUUUAGUACAUACUGGCGACAAACCUUUUUCGUGUGAUAUGUGUGAUAAAACAUUCUCAAAUCAAACUCGUUUAGAUAAGCAUUAUUUAGUUCAUACUGGAGAAAAACCUUUUACUUGCAGUGUUUGCAAUAAAUCUUUCACUCAGAAAUCUUAUUUAGAUAAUCAUUCUUUUCUUCAUACUGGAGAAAGACCUUUUUCAUGCAGUGUGUGCGAUAAAACAUUCUCACGUCAAACUCAUUUAGAUAGUCACUUUUUUGUUCAUACAGGAGUGAAGCGUUUUGCAUGCAGUGUGUGUGAUAGAUCUUUUACACGGAAAGCUGAUUUAAAUGAGCACUAUCUUUCUCACACAGGAGAGAAACCUUAUUCUUGCAGUGUGUGCAAUAAAUCUUUCACACGUAAAAGAAGUUUAGAUAUCCAUUAUGUUCUUCAUACUGGAGAGAAACCUUAUUCAUGCAGCGUGUGUGAUAAAACAUUCUCUCGGAAAAUUCAUUUAAAUAUACAUUUCCGUCUUCAUUCUGGAGAGAAACCUUAUUCAUGCAAUGUGUGUGGUAAAUCUUUUUCACGGAAACCAGAUUUAAAUGAGCACUCUCUUGUUCAUAGUGGAGAAAAACCUUUCUCAUGUAGUGUGUGUGACAAAGCAUUCUCACGUAAAUCUUAUUUAAAUAAACACUCUGUUGUUCACAGUGAAGAGAAACCUUAUUCAUGCAACGUGUGUUGUAAAGCAUUCUCAAGGCAAUCAUAUUUAACAAAACACUGUCUUCGUCAUUGUGAAAAGAAGCCCCAUGCAGUAUGUGAGUGAUCUCUUGUAGUUUAAUACACUUUUGUGAUGAAACAUUAGAUUCUUUAGUAAUAAAUGUAAAAACAUUAAAAAAGCCUGUUUUUUUUUUUUUUUUUUUUAAGGAUUUAAAUAAAAAAAUUUAUUAUUUUAUUUCAUUUUCUGCAACUCUGUUUAAAUUUCAGAUCUCCAUUUUACAUUUUGAAAAUUGACUUUAUUAUGAAGAGAAUGUCUUUUGAUCACUUUAUUUGGAGAUUUCAAAACAACUCAUCUGGAUGUUUUUUCUUCCGAUUUAUUACUGAUUCAAUGGCUAAUCAUGUUUUUUUUCGUCCUAAUCAUAAAAUUUAUGUUUUUUAGGUGCAUUGUAAAGUAUAAUUUUAUGUUUUUAUUGCAGACUGAUUUUUGGAUUAAAAAAAAAUAUAUAUUAGAAAUUUAGCAGCAUAGGCUCAAAAGAACCAACACCCACCUAUCAACAAGAAACAGUGCCCUUCACAUUCUUAAAAAAAUUAAUAAAUAAAAAUUAAAAAUAUAAAUUAAGAUUUU